CAGCUGUGUGCUCAAUCAAAUUUUGAAACUGGGGUUGGCUAGCUCGCUUUGACAGUCGGAAGCAAACCAGACCCACGUCACUGUACGGUAGACCACGAUGGACGCCGCGUUCGCGUCUCAUGCCCUCACGGACGCAGAGUGCGCGCGCCUAGCCGCAACCGGACAGCUGCAGGCCACGCCCGAAGAUAUGAAGAAGCAAUUCUACGUCAAGUCGAUUGGCGAUUUCUGUGGCCCAGGGUUGCUGGUGCUUCGAAAGUACGACGACGACAACAUUGAUGUCGCGACGCUCCGCCAAGAGCCCACGCCACGACGGACGUCAUGGCUCCGAUCGAUAGAACAACGCGAUUACCAUCCUCCAACGACCGACGUCAUGCCGCGUACAAAUGGAAGCUGCGGCGCCAUCACGGCGGACGCUUUUGUGACCCCGAUGAAACCUCGAAGCAGUUUCGUGACAUCGACAGACCAAACCUCGCAUACGAACCAACAACAGAAACAGCAGCGGCAUGCUGUGCAAACCUCGUCGUCGUCUACCGUCGUGACGACUUCGUGCACCAUGCGUGUCGUUGCAACUUGUCCUGAGGAAACCCACGUCGACAGUUUUCAAUCGCCCAUCCAUGCCAUCAUGACCCCCGCAUCCACGCGCCGUGGGUCGUCCAUUCCUCAGCCCUAUACGACCCCCGCUCCAACCUCUCGCCAUUUGAGAAGCAGUCGGUUGUUGCACGUGCAGCUGCCCGAGUCAACCCCGUUGCCUUUGGGAUUGCCCGAUACAUUUGGCAUUUCCCCAGUGAUUGCCGACAACAAGAAAAAGGCGGCGACCGCGAUGCAGCUCAAGAAGAAACGGCACUUUGACGUUGCCGCCUCGUCUGCGCCGAUCGCGUUGGACGAAGACGAAGUGGACAUUGUGUUGCGGCACGACCAUCCCGUCGAACAGGCGCCAUCGUCCCGCCGCCCGUGGACGACGCCAGACUUUCUGUUCAAACGGUUCCGGUCGUCUUGUGAGUUGGAACCAAUCGAAGCGUGCCCGACCCAGACGACGGCGACGCCACUCGACGACAUGCUGCCGCCGCCGCCAUCGCCAUCGACUUCGCUCUGGGAUCGUUUCAAGUCCAUUCGCAUGCCCGAGGUGUUGGCCGAAGGACUCGCGUUACAUGUGACGUCCCCCCUGGACAACCACGACGACGACCUGUACGACGACCACAACGACGAUCUGUGCUAUGGCUUUGACCUGAUGGACGUCGACCAUGCUGAUGACAGCGACGACGGCAAUGACAUGACGAUCCCAGAUGACCAAGACAUUUCCAAGCAGCCGUUGACCCUCGAGUUUACGCUGACCCCCAUGACGGCGGUGUGCCAUCACUCGACCCACGAGCGUCGGUCGUCGUCGCGGCUAGCGGUGGCCAAGACGACGCCGUCGCUGCCAGCUUCCCCCCCCGUCCGUCGCCGCACGACGACUACCCGCAGUCAGCGCAAGAAGCGACUCGCCCUGGGUGUGUCCUUGUUGAACGUGGCGCAAUGCCAAGAGAGUAGAUCAACACAGCCGACGACGUCCCCCUGCUCAGACCAGUGCCACCAGUGGGGUCGGUACUCCACCUGUGGCCGCAUGCAUGGACGCUGGACGCCAACCGAGUAGCGGCGUCAUCUUGAGUUGGUUAGCCUCCGUUCCCAACCCAACUGACAGACUCGUUUGGCUCUGUCAGUUGUAUAUAUAUUAUGGCAGCGUCAAGGACUUGUGAAGAUACACCCGUUGCUCGCCCCCAGAAAGAAUCGCCAACUUCCAUGGAAAAACCGUGAUGAUUCGAAUACUAUUAAUAAUAUACUAGUAGUACUAAAUGUAGUUAGUAUUACUACGAUUUUGACUAGUAGUACUAUUCGACAUUUGGCACAUUGGCCCC